AUGUUGACCGAUUGGCUUCGAACGCGACGGAGCCGCUUCGUCUUCUUCCUCCUUUGCUCUCCUUUACUUAUCCCUCUUCUCUGCGCCUCAAUCCCUAUCCUUUGCGCCGCCGAGAUCUUUAGCCGCCUCCGUAGUCGUCACCCUUGGUUCGCUAAAUCUGCCGCUGAAGAAGACGAUUUAAGGCUCCGGAGGUGCGAGGAAGGAUGCGGAUGCGGCGGAUUUGGACCGGAUCAAGAGGAAGAAGAAGAAACGGGUUUGCUUCAGAGAUACUUGGAGGAUCAAUGGGCCGAUCUGUAUACUUUUAAAUUCCGAUCAACUGUCUCUUUGAUUCGAGAUUUUACUGUGAAAUCUUCCUUCAUCAUCACUUCGUCGAUAAUCUAUUAG